AUGGGCUGCAACACCAGUCAGGAACUGAAGACGAAGGAUGGCGCCGCCAUCGACGCGGUCAGCAACGGGGAGCCGGAGCCGAGUGCCCCGCAAAUGGAGAACGAAGGUCUCCAGUCCUCCGCAAAGUCCUCAAACAAACAUACAAAUCACGCCAAAUCAAAUUCAAUUACCUCCAAUGGCGAUGCCAAGGCGCCGAACGUCGGCGCCGGUGGAGGAGGCGCCUCAUCCGAAGCAACAAAUUGCAUUGAUCGUCCCUUCGAUAAGGCGGCAAUCACGGAACUCGACGACGACGAGGACGAAGAAGAGUGA